AUCAAUCAAAUUGGUGUUUAAAUAAACACAGGUUUCCCUUUUAAUAAUUGUAGUUCUUGUUGAUACUGGUAAUAUUUUUUACUGGCUGCAGAAUUGGCCUGAUAUAUAUCUGCCCAUGCCACUGUGUCAGUUGGUCACAGCUCAGUCUUUUACAGUUAGUGACCGUUGGUCUCAGUACAUUGGUUUGACUCAGACCAGUGUACAUCUCAUUGCGUUUGCGAAGCAUUUGCUUGCAUUUUUUUUCUUGUGGAAAGCGAAUUCCCCUAAUUAUGGUUGAAGAACUGCCUCCAGCGAUGGAGAAGAGUACUCCUCCAAUAAGGAGUGAGGAAAAAGAACUUUUUGCUGCUACAAAUGCAGAAAUGGAAAAGAAGGAUUCCAUCAGGAUGAAGCGAAUGAUGGACAACAACCCUGGGAGGGCAAAUGGAAAGAAAAGGAAGAAAAGGAAUAAAAAGAGGAAACAUCUGUGCAGUGGCAACAGCAAGGUGGAGGAAAAGAAGGAAGUUAGGAGAAAAAGACACCGAAGUGGUGAAGACUCCAUCAAAGCAGAGGAAGCGGGAAGUAACCAGAAGAGGCUGCACCAAGAAGUUCCUCUCCCCGUGGCAGUGAGCAUGUGCCAGAUCCACGCAGAGCUUGGGAGUGGUUCAUUUGGCAAGGUGAUGUUGGCAUCUCUGCCUAACAACAGGCAGCACGUAGCCAUAAAGGUGAUACAGAAGAGUGACAAGGUACAGCUUAAUGAAAUUGUCACUGAGGCUAACGUGCUGAAGAUGGCUGCUGGAUGCCCACACCUGUGUCAUGCAUAUGGAUCAUUCCUAACUCAGCGGCAUGCUGUUUUUGUCCUGGAGUAUGUCAGCGGAGGGAACAUGGAUGAUCAGAUCGACUUUGCAGGAGCUCUGGAGAUGGACUCCAUAAGAUUCUACGCCGCGGAGAUGGUGUGCGCCCUCCAGUUUCUGCACUCAAAUGGGAUUAUCCAUCGGGAUCUCAAACCAGGUAAUGUCCUAGUUACCAGCGAGGGACAUGUAAAGAUAGCUGACUUUGGAUUGGCGGUCGAAGGCAUCUAUGGAUAUAGAAAGGCCAGAGGAAGAAGAGGAACACUGCCUUACAUGGCCCCAGAAGUGAUAGAAGGGCAGGAGUAUGAUGCAGGAAUAGACUGGUGGUCCCUCGGAAUCCUCAUAUACGAGAUGGCCACCGGAGAUCAUCCAUUGUACUCUGGCAAUGAUGUAUCUGAGUUCAUCGAAGCCAUUAAGUAUAACAAGCCCCGCAUUCCACAUUGGUUCAGUGAGGAACUACAAGAUCUCCUGCAGCAGCUUCUGAUGAAAAACCCUGAGGAGCGUCUUGGCUGCAAUGGGAACAUUCGGGAGCACCCAUUUUUCCACUCCAUUGAUUGGGUGCAACUGGAAAAGCUGAACGUGCCACCCCCCUCCAAACCAAAAGAAGUGCCAUCAGUGGAUUUCAGCAAGACCUAUGAAGAGCCACUGACAUUCUUGGAGUCAAUAAAAUACAACAUCUGUUCGAGAUAUGUCCCGCCAGCAUCCCCGUUGGAACAGCCAAGCCAUUUCUGGACAUCCAGGAACAUCUGUCCUCCUCAAGCCCGAGCACUGUUUUCAAACUAUCCAUACCAUCAGGCUCUAUUAUCAGCUCAGUUUGGUCCUUUUGGCUUCCCCAACCAGCCUUACACUGCAUAUCGGCCUAAUCUCGGCUACUACCAAAGGCCAUUACCACUGAUUCCUGUUCCUUCUCCUUAUUAUCACCAGCCAGUUUUUAGUCCUGUUAUCAGACCUCCGUUGGUUCCUUUCUUCCCAGAUUCUCACCAUCAUAACCAGCCAUACCAUCAGGCUCCAUUAUCAGCUCAGUUUGGUCCUUUUGGCUUCCCCAACCAGCCUUACACUGCAUAUCGGCCUAAUCUCGGCUACUACCAAAGGCCAUAACCACUGAUUCCUGUUCCUUCUCCUUAUUAUCACCAGCCAGUUUUUAGUCCUGUUAUCAGACCUCCGUUGGUUCCUUUCUUCCCAGAUUCUCACCAUCAUAACCAGCCUCUUAAUGUCUUCAACACCCCUUGGCCUUUUCCAUCACCUCUGCAAUAACCAUCUUCCUCUAUCUCUUGCCCCUAACAUCUGCCCCCGUUUUCAAACUAUUAAAUGAGACCUUACCUCUGGCCACUUAUCCAGCAAUGCUUUUGACUCAUCAGCCCUUAACAGCUUCAGUCAAUGGCCUUUGAAUCUUUUCACAAUCGCUUAUUUCUUGACCGUUUUUUUCUUGACCACUUGUCUCUACCUCUAGCCUUUUCCAAUGGCUACUGUCUCUAGUCUGUUACACCAACCAGUCUCUUGUUUAUUCCAUAACUCUAUGUUUCUGCAGUGGCCCAUACCACAGCCUUCACUUCUGGGCCUUACCACUAGCUCCAACACUGGCCCGUUCCAUCUGCCUCUUCCUGCAGCCCUUUACGUCUACUGCAGCCUCUGGCCCUUGCCACCGGGCCCAACACUGGCCCAUUCCAUCGGCCUUUACUCAUAGCCCUUAACUCCGGCUACUGUCUCUAGCCCAUGUCACCGACCCCAACACUGGCCCUUUCCAUCUGCCUCUGCCUUAACAUCAACUGCUGUCUCUGGCCCCCAACACUGGUCCAUUCCAUCUGCCUUUACCUAUAGACCUUAACUCUAGCUUCUGCCUCCAGCCCAUGUCACUGGCCCCAACAAUGGCCCAUUCCAUCGGCCUCUGUCUGCAGCCCUUAACAUCGGCUGCUGUCUCUGGCCCCCAACACCG